UUCCCUCCCGCCGGUGCUGGUCCGUUGGCAGCUCUUCCGUGGGCGGGGCGCCCGCUGCUCCUCCCUUCCUCCAGGCUGCGGCUGUCAACGGGGGCCGGGCCAGGCAGGCCGGGCAAAAGACGGGAGGAGGGGGGAGCGGGAGACUGUACUGAGCUGACGUUGUACUGAGCUGACAUUAAGCCCGGGCCGCGGUGCUGCUGCUGCGGCACAGACAAGGAGGGAGGGGAGGGAGGGAGAAGGCGAAAGGUCGGCUAAGGCAAGGCAAGACGCCCCCUCCCCGCCCUGCAUGGCGACUCCCGCGAGCAGCAGCGGCCCCAGCGAAGCCCGCAUGAGGGGCGGCGGCGACGGCAGUAGCAGCGAGGCGGGGGUCUUCCGAGAUGCGUCGUCUCCCCCGCCUCCUCCUCCUCCUCCCUCCGGAGAGCAGGACCUGAUGCGCGGCUACGAGGGCUCCGCGGCGGGCUGGCGGGUUCCGCGGUGGGGGUGGCGGCUGUGCCUGGCCCACCGCUUCGCCGAGCUCAGGAAGCCCUACCAGGCCUCCGACGUCUCCGCCUCCAACGCCUUCAAGCACCUCGGACUCGCUCUCAGGUACUUAAGGUGGUGGUACCGGAAGACUCGUGUGGAAAAGAAGUACCCCUUCAUAGACCUCUUCAACUCGCAGCCCUUGCGCCAGAUCUAUGGUUGCCCGUUGGGUGGAUUUGGGGGAGGAAGUGUCACACGAGGCUGGCGGGGAGACUUCUGCCGAUGGCAGCUGAAUCCUGGGCUCUAUCGCUACAAGACGGUUGUUGCUGACCAGUUUACCGUCUGCCUGCGCAGGAAAGGCCAGACCGUUUACCAGCAGGUGCUGUCUGUGGAGAGGCCCAGCACCCUGCAGGGCUGGAACUGGGGCUUCUGUGGCCACUACGCCUUCUACCAUGCGCUCUACCCUCGGGCCUGGACCGUCUACCAGCUGCCUGGGCAGGGCGUGGUGCUGACCUGUCGGCAGGUCUCUCCCGUCAUCCCCCACGAUUACCAGGACACCAGCCUGCCUGUGGGGGUCUUUCUCUGGGAGGUGGAGAGUAACAGUCCUGAGGACGUGGAGGUCUCCAUCAUGUUCACCUUCCGGAACGGCAUGGAAUCCAAGGAUGACCGCAGUGGGGGCCACUGGAAUGAGCCCUUCAGUCUGGAGAAGGAAGGCCACUGUGUCCGUGGCGUGAUGCUGCACCAUUGCACCCCUGUGAACCCCUACACUCUGGCCAUCUCGGCCCUGGAGAAGGCAGGCUGCACAACAGUCACCCACCUCACCACAUUCAACCCUGCUGGCACCGGGCAGGAAGUGUGGCGCGACCUCCUGGCAGAUGGCAAGCUGGAUUCCCCACCAGGUCAAAGCCCCCCUACGGAGAAGGGGGAGGCAUGUGCGGCCGCUGUGUGUGCCACCUGCAGAGUGCCAGCCCACGGGCACGCAGUGCUGGAGUUUGGCUUGGCCUGGGACAUGCCUUGCAUCCAUUUUGGCUCCAAAGAGAAGGGGCACCUCAGGCGUUACACACGCUUCUUUGGCAAGGAGGGGGACGCCUGCCCUGCCCUCUCCCAGUACACGCUGUCUCACUACAAAGAGUGGGAGGAGAAGAUUGAGGCCUGGCAGGGCCCCAUCCUGGAGAACAGUGACCUGCCCCCUUGGUACAAGUCGGCCCUCUUCAAUGAGCUGUAUUUCCUGGCCGACGGAGGGACGGUGUGGGUGGAGCUGCUGCCCGAAGACGCGGCCUCCCUGGGGGCCUCCCUGGGCCUCUCUGGGCUCCUUCCGGUGCUGCAGGAGUACGGGAGGUUUGCCUACCUGGAAGGCCAGGAGUACCGCAUGUACAACACCUACGACGUCCACUUCUACGCCUCCUUUGCGCUCGCCAUGCUGUGGCCCAAGCUGGAGCUCAGCCUGCAGUACGACAUGGCCGCUGCCGUGCUGACUGAGGACACGCGGCUGCGCCUGUACCUGAUGAGUGGGCAGACGGCCCAGGUGAAGCUGUGCAACGUGGUGCCUCAUGACAUUGGAGAGCCUGAUGAUGAGCCCUGGCAACGAGUCAAUGCCUACUUGAUCCACGACACAGCCAGCUGGAAAGACUUGAAUCUGAAGUUUGUGCUGCAGGUGUAUCGGGAUUACUACCUCAUGGGGGACUCUGCCUACCUGAGGGACAUGUGGCCUGUCUGCAAGGCCGUGAUGGACUCUGAGCUGAAGUUUGACGUGGACGGGGACGGCCUCAUUGAGAACUCUGGCUUUGCUGACCAGACCUAUGACGCUUGGGUGGUGACGGGGGCCAGUGCCUACUGUGGCAGCCUGUGGCUGGCAGCCCUCUGCAUGAUGUGCAGAAUGGCGGAGGUCCUGGAUGAGGGCGAAGCCCUGCAGAAACACUCGGCCCUCCUGGCAAAGGGCACGGUGGCAUUUGAGAAGCGGCUCUGGAAUGGGAAAUACUACAACUACGACAGCAGCCAGAGCCUCUCCUCCAACAGCAUCAUGUCGGACCAGUUGGCCGGGCAGUGGUUCCUCCGGGCCUGCGGCCUGGGAGAGGGCAAGUCUGAGAUUUUCCCACAGAGCCACGUGCGGAGUGCUUUGAAGACCAUCUUUGAGCUGAACGUGAUGGGGUUCUCUGAAGGGACGAUGGGGGCCGUCAAUGGCAUGCGCCCCAGUGGAGUGCCAGACACCUCCAGCGUCCAGUCGGAUGAAGUGUGGGUCGGCGUGGUGUAUGCUCUCGCGGCCACCAUGAUCCAGGAGGGGCUGGUCCAGGAGGGCUUCCGCACCGCUGAGGGCUGCUACCGGACCGUGUGGGAGCGCCUGGGCAUGGCCUUCCAGACGCCUGAGGCCUACUGCCAGAGGAGGCUCUACCGCUCGCUGGCCUACAUGCGCCCACUCAGCAUCUGGAGCAUGCAGCUGGCCCUGCAGCGCAGGGCUGCGCAGAUGCCCCCCACCGCCCCUGCCACCAGUGGCCUCGGCCCUUGAGCUGCUGGGAAUGACAGCCUCAGUGGGGGGAGCUGCCGCUGCCUUCCUCCCUCCCUUCAUCUGUGGGAGACAUGGGUUCCAUAGCUGGCUGGGUGUGUGGGCUGCAGGUGCUGCAUCAGCCUCCUCUUUGGGUCACUAAGCAUGGGGGGGGCUGCUGGUUGAGGUGCUCCUCAGGGGGUCUGUUGCUGCAUGCUGCAUAUGAAGGAUCUCUCCCUCCCCUUCUGCCUGCCCUCUCCAUUUGGGGUCAGUGGCAGAUGUUCCUCCCACACCUCACCUGAGAGGAGCACAGUGCUCUUUUUUCCCCAAAGGGCGGGGGGCCCCUGGGGCCCCUGAAGACACAGUUCCCCCCCUUUCACUCUCCCACAAUUGAUUUGCACACAAUCAAGCUGUACACAAUCUGGGUUAUACAUAAUCUGAAAAUUAUCCAGAUGCUGAAUAAUUUUAAUUUAAAAUAAACUGUUAUU